CGAUAUGCAAUUGAACUGAGUCCAUUUAUACGACCUUUCUGCUGGUGCCUGUUGACUCCCCUGGUAAUCAAUCGCGGAGACGGGACCCUCCCACCUCCGAGCCGCGUUAUCGAUAGGAACCGACCCGAUUGAUAGAUAUAUUGCGGCAUCACCCAGCUUCAUCAUAGCUCUCAUACUCCAACCACACCUUCGACAAUGGCGACCCAGACCAGCAAAAGGACCUUGACCUAUGGUCGGCAUAGCUCUCUCCAAAAAGUUAUUGCCACACCUCUGGACCAAUACAAGGACGGCUACUGGGUAAUCUACAUUCACGGUGGUGCCUGGCAUGAUCCAGAAAUUACAGCCGAAACUAUCGAACCCACUCAGUCUAUCCUGCAAGCCGCACCAGACCUCCCCAUCACAGGCUUCGCCUCGAUCGAGUAUCGGCUCAGUCCACACCCGAAGCACCCACAGGAUAAAGCAACAGCGCCGCCUGAGGAAUACCGUGAGGCAAAACACCCUGAUCAUAUUCGGGAUGUAGAAGCAGCGCUGGCUUUCUUGCAGAAUACAUACGGCUUUGGACAACGGUAUAUCCUGGUCGGUCACAGUUGCGGCGCGACACUGGCAUUCCAGGCAGUCAUGGGGGCGGUAGCGGGACACCGGGAACAAUUGUUCAAUGGAAGCGCUCAUGAGUGCGUUGUGGAAACCGAGCCAGUUUCUUCGUCUCCAGAACCCCUUCCGCCGCGAUUGUCUGCGCAGCCAACGGCCAUCGUCGGUGUUGCGGGUAUCUACGACUUGCGGCAGAUCGUCGAAAAGCAUCGGGAUAUUCCUGAGUACCGCGAAUUUGUUGAGGAUGCUUUUGGCACGGAUGAGCUGCUCUGGGAUGCGGUGUCCCCGGCGCAGAUGGCUGGGUCACGGGGUGUGGAGGGUGGUUGGAAGACUGGACGAUUAGUUGUCCUGGCGCAUUCGAAGGAUGACGAGCUCGUCGAUGAGGGCCAGCUUGAGACUAUGCGGAAGGCUCUUCGUGCCUGGGAGGGCAGGAAGGCGCAAGUCUCGAAGGAAGAGUUGACGUCAAAUGAUCGCCGAGUGCAGCACCUUCCUCUUAAUGGGAAGCAUGAUGAGGCCUGGGUCACGGGCGAGGAGCUGUCCCGUGCGGUCAAGUUUGCUUUCGAGGAGCUGCGCAAAAUGGGAUUAUCGCCCUAAUCCGAAUGACCAAGCUGGUGGUAAGACUAGAUCGGGCUUGUAUCAUAGACACAGCGAGGCAUUCUAUCAAGCGGCGUGAUCAUAGAUAUAUACAUAGACAAGCAUUUGGAAGGAAAGAGCUGCCCUGGGAAUAGUAUCUGAGUUUAUUUCCUUCAUUUCAUAUCUCCACAAGGGAGACUUCUAGGCAAGAGUAGGGGAAUGAUGUAGAUACAUUGUCGAGAAAACAACUACAAGGCACGCCAUAUGGGCCUUGGAAACGCCAUUAAUCGUUAAAAAUAUCACGGAAGAUCAAAGCACUGGAAACAUAUCCCCGUUACGCCAGAUGCUUGCUCGUGUGAGAUCCAGUACCACUUGUAUGAUGGGCCAAUCAGUUGCCCAGAUCCAUGCGACCCGAUGCCGCAUCCCCAGCAACCUUCUCAGUCUUCACGGGCUCGUUCUCCUCACCGUACUCGUAGUUCUCCUCCUCACUGUCGCUUUCUUCUACGAAUUUGUGGCUCAUGCCGAAUUCGGCGAGGCGGUCUUGCAUGUCCUCGCGGCAGCAAUCUUGCCAGCGUGCAAGAGCGGCUGCGGCGUGGACCUUGAACCCAUAGAUGCGUGGCUCAUAGCGACGCUGGCUCUUCUCGGGGUUGAGGGCAGGGUACACCUGGAAUAGGAUGGAGUGGAAUGAGGUGCCGAAGUAGGCACCGUCAAUGGAGGCGUGGCGGGAGGAUUUAGGGUUGUAGAUGUCUUCACAUUUGGGGCAGUAGAGCUUGACAGUGCUCAUGUUUGGGAGGUCAUGUUGGCCCAUAGGCAAGAGAGGGUGUCCGUCGCAAAGGACGCGGGGACACUUGCCAAAGUCGCAUUUCUUAUACUUGUCAAGC